AUGGGAUAUCCGACAGGUUCAGAAAAGUCAAGGUAUCUCUUGUGGAAGAGAAAUUUGUUUAUUUUGCUGCUAUCUUCUGACUACGUGCAAGCUCACUCGGUCUCUUACACGAGUGAACCAAGCCUGGAAUCUCAAAAGAUGGCCUUAGAUGACAUCUUGUCUUGCCAUUCAAAAGCCAUUGGAAAACAUCUGGAAUUCAACAUGAAACAGUUGGAAAUGCCGGUUUUCAAGAUAUCCCUUAUAACUUCUAUUGCAAGAAAAUGGAAAUGCAUAUUCUGUUAUACCUUUAUUUUCAUGCUAAAACGUGCAGUGUGCAGCACGGCCACCAAAAGGAAAUACCACAGCCCAGGUGUUGGAGUUUCCGACAUUUGUUUACCGAUUGCACUGAAUGGUUAUAGUUUACCUGCUAUUACCAUUAUUAUAGCCCGUGUGAAUUUUGGUUUUCUAUCUAAGCCUAUCAGAUCACUUAUUGUAUAUGUAUACCCGAACAGGACUGAGUAUGUGGAAUCUGGUUCUAUGUCGGAGGAUUUUACCUGCCGUGCAGAAAUAAGAGUAGCAGCCCGUGUGUCUCAACCUAGGAUAUACUGCUGGAAGCUACAUCUCGCAAUGUGGGUCACUGCUGGUCUCCGGCACGGUCUAUAUAAGUAUACUUAUAUAGUCCUUGGUCUCCGGUUGACCUACGAUCCGCGCGACGGAAUUCACUUUCGGUUCCUAGAACUAGGGAAUAAGAAGAUAUCCAUAUUGCAUGAAGAUAAAAUCCCGUUUGAGGAGACAGUGUCAUCUGUUAACAAGGAAGCUAAGAUUCUUCAGAAGAUGUUUCAAAAUUUAGGCAAGAAGAGAUUGUGGAAGGUGGGAGACUCAGAUCCUCAGAAGGAAUUUCACAAAUAUGUCCAAGGGGGAAAACUGGAGGUCUCGAGAAACAACAUAUGCUUUGGUAAACAACUUGGCACUGGAACCUAUGGUCCUUCUUUCAAGGCCAAAUUGACAGACCAACAUGAUGGCUCUUCUGAUAUUGUGGUUAAAAAAUAUAAGAUUCCAAAAGAUAGAUGCAUUGGUCAUGAGGUCUUUGAAGUACUUAGAGUGAGGCUACACAUUGGAAAACAUGAUAACAUUGUUAAUUUGAUUGGGGUCAACACUUUGAAUAUUUCCAAAGGUAAACUGUGGAUGCUCUUAGAAUAUUGUGAGUUAGACAUCUUGUCCUUUCUGCGAAGGAAUCACAGUCGCUACAAAGAGGAGGGGCCUGGAAGUUCAGCAACAAGACAGCUUGCACAGUGGAAACAUGAUAAUGAUCCAGAAUCCAGUGGUGUUAGCACAAUUCCAAGUAUACAUAAAGAUUUAAACAGAAGAUGUCUAUUGCUGUGGGGAUGGCAGGCAGCAGAAGGCAUGGAUUUCUUAGCAAGUAAAAGUGUUGUGCAUGGAAGUUUAUGUGCUGCAAACCUACUACUUACAAGUAAUGGUACUGUAAAAGUGACUGGGUUCGAAAGACCACAGGAAAUAUACAUAGACACAGAACACAUAAUUAGAGAUGAGAUCUCCCUAUCAUUAAAAUGGAUGGCAACAGAGACUCUAAGUGAAAGAACAUUUAGUAUCAAGAGUGACAUUUGGGCUUAUGGUAUUGUUCUCUGGGAAAUAUUUUCUCUUGGUUCGACUCCAUAUCCAGGCAUGUCUGUGACAACAGAAUUCAUUGACAAAUUAAUAAAUGGUUUGCGCAAUGAAAAGCCAAAGUGUGCCAAGGACAAUGAGUAUAAUUUGAUGUUAGCUUGCUGGGAGCAUGACCCACUGUCAAGACCUACUUAUUCUGAAAUUAAACACCAAUUACAAGAGGCUUUAGAAAAGUAGUGUACUGAGAUAGUACUGCAGAGGUAACAUUCUCCAUUGGUGUUCAUCAGGAUACAGGAAGGUUCAUAGAAUGCCUGGUAUAAAAAUUAUCUCUUUUAAAAGCUAAGGUCUUUUGCAAACAGUUUAUCGAUGAGUUAUGUAGAUGUCUGUAGAGGUUAAUGAAUAUCAUUUAGACACAUUUGUGUUUUUCAGGUUACUUUAAGUGAAAUUAUGCAAUGCAUGUGUUGAACAUACUCUGGAAACUGGCUGGAAAAGGAUGCUAGACUUGUGGACCUAUAGUGAAAUGAAAAAGAAAAUAUACGUAAGUGUUUAUUUUCUAUCAGCAGUGUUCCAGACUUUCCUGCUCCAACUCCACAGACUUCCUCCCACUGCUUCUAAAAACAACAACAUGCCUAAAGUGAUAAAAUGCAUGUGUCUGUGUAGAAGGUAUUCUAGAAUCAUAGUCCUUCAUAUAUAUCUUGACAUAGCUUGUAUGAUACCAUAUAUAUAUAAUAAGUGUGUUCUCUUGUAUAUCAUAUAUAUGUUCAGUAUUUCAGUUGGUUGUGAACAAAUGCUAGCAUAAUUUGUAAUCACUUACACACACACACAUACACACACACACACAGCUACAUAUACAAAUACUCAUACGUGUG